UAAAUACAAAGCUUUUCUGAGUUUUCUCCUAAGUUCUACAUCCUCUCCUUUCCUUUGAAGUUUCUACCUACCUGUAGCUGUACUGUCUUGUCGAUUACGAUACAAGAAAAACUCAACAGAACGGUAGAAGAUUCACAGUCAGGUUAUUGCAAGUACAGAAAAUGAGCUCACAAUCUCUUUGUGUGCAUAAACAUGGUGGAUCUCGCAGUGUAGUGAGACAAGUGGGAGAUUGUCUACCCAUCAGAACUGGGAAGAGGCUGUACAUUCAGCUUACAAGUGCAAGCGUUCCCUCUACCCCUGGUAUGGAAGUGCGGUAUGCUGCCACUGGGGAGAGACUGGCUCAAGAUUCUGACGGCCUCCGAGCACUCUCCUAUCUCAAGGACCCGAGAAGAGAUGGCGCCCACAUGGACCUAAUUACUGAGGAUGGACUUGAAGAGGCCAGUUUUUUUGAAAUGGAGGGUGUGGAAUUUGAGGAGGACAGUAGUGGAGAGGGAGGAGACAAGCACCUUACUAUGGAGAAGAUAUCUGCUCUGGAAGGUGAGCUUGCUAAGCUGAAGGCUCAGAUAGCAGUGUAUGCUCUUGCUGAGACGAGGGAUCUCCCAAUACCUGCCCCUCCUCCACCACCUCCUCCCCCUGCACUCAGUACAGCACCACAAUCACACAUAUUCACUGCGAGGCGGCCCUCCCAAAGUGAAGCCUCCUCGACUGCUGAGACUCGACCGCAGGUUACUCCAGCAAGGCCACCCAUGACUGACGUUCUCAGGGACAUAGGCAGUGUUAAACUGAGGACUGUCCAUGCAGUAAGAUCUCCUGGUGGUACUCCAUUGCGUAAGCAAAACACAGAAACACAAGAGGUAUUAGAUAGUGACCCAGCAUCAGUUAUUGCAACAGCUCUCAGGAAAAAAUUCGCUAAUAGAGUAUUUCAAGAUUCUCCUGAUAAAGAAAACCAUUCUGAGCUGUCAAUGUCUGAGUUUGAUAGCCCUAGUGUCAAGCUGCAAUUCAACUAGCUAAAUGCAGUUUGGCAAGUGGACUCAUAGUCUCAAAACAGAUACUGUAUCACACAUAUCUUGUGUGUGCUGACUCUUGUAUGACCUUUUUUAAAUUAUUUGCUUGAUUUUCUUCUGUUGUAAAACCUGAUGUAUUCAACAUUAUUAUAAUUACCGGUUCAGAA